GGUGACAUAAACAAACCCAGUUGCUAGGAAUGCCGCGCGGUAAAGCGACUGUGGAAGUAAAGGAGGUGAUUGGAACUUUGUGUAGAUUAUUGGCUGCCGUCGGACUCCAUGUUCCAACACCGCAGACUUUUAGACUGGCGAAGUUCGGUGAAGUUAAUGCGGAGGACCAGUUCUGGCAGCUGCUAGCCAACAUUCUUCAAACAACCAAAACUGUCUCCUCAACUACACAGAUUCAAAAUGCCUCCGAGUGCAGGACCCUGGUGAGUGCAGGCCUGUGGCAGAGCGGUUACUAUGCUAGCUGGAUGUACCGGAAGGAGGAAGGAGUUUCCAGCAGGGAACUUCUUCUGGCACUCGGCUGGCAGCUGGCUUCGGGAAUAAUGGAGACACUUUUAACACAGCGAGUACAACAACUGGACACAACGUUACUCGCACCCAUCGUCAUGGAACUUGAGCUUUCUUCGCAGCCUGGAGUCGAGUCCGCUGACCUGCGACGACUUCAGUGGCUCAUCGGCUUCUUGAGACAUCAAGGCCAGAUGCUGCUCUCCAUGCAGGAUGAGCAGACCUCGUUGCUACAUGCUGUUUAUUCUGCUAGCGAACUUCCUGGAUCGUCUUCUUCCUCGGGUCAACGCUGUACUGUGCUGAGUGAGAGUUGUGUCCGUGUGCAGGAGCUUUGUGAUCUUUUUGAGUUGUACUUAAACUGGAAGCAGGUGGAGACUGUUUUCUGGACUUGGAUGGACAGUGUGGUGAUUUGCCAUGUGACAGAUGCCGUCGCUGAGAGGCCCACACACACGCUCACGAAGAGAGCAGCUGCGUGCCACCCUGGAAAGUUGUGUGCAGACAAACUGGAGGGCAUACGCUCCAGACUGACUACAGUGCAGCUCUUGUCCCAGAAAGGACCAAAAGCAGCCAAAGGGGACGCUGAAGACAAAGGAGACAACGCCCGUGACGAGGCGUCCUUCUUGUCUUCGUCCACCCCGCUGGCCCUGUCCCAGGCAUACCGAGCCAGAUUCCAAGCGCAAAGGCCAGUCAAGCAUCACAACCGUCCGGCGGAGGAGGAGGCGGAGGAAAUGUCAGCAUCUCAGGUUGCACGACUGUUUCAUCAAAUGGAGAGACAGCUGCUGAAGAGGCGGGACAGACAGAGACUGACCAAUAGGAUGCAGCUGCAGGACAUGAUUGGAAAGCUGGAUGAAGUGGUGCUGAUACCACCGUAAACAUCAUGUUGGGUGCUGCACGGGCGAUGUCUCCUGCUUCUCCGGCAAGUGCACGGACAGCGUCAUGUUUUGGUCGUCAGUACUCUCAACCAGGAAUGCCUUCAAGUACCAGAGUGAGAGGUUCCAAAGACAAAUUAAGAAGAAUAUAUUGGUAUAUGUUAAAAGUAUAAACUCGGGUGUGACAGUAAAGUGAAGUCAAUAUCGUAAACAAAUACUCUAGCUCAGGGGUGCUCAUUAAGUCGAUCGCGAUCUACCGGUCGAUCGCGGAGGUGGUACUGGUCGAUCGCGGCGUGACAUUAAAAAAAUAUCAUCCCAGCAUCAAUGCCGUCACUUGAUUGACAUACAGGGCAGCCAUUCAGAUGACAACUGAAUGUUGCCCUUCGGGCGACCAAUCAAAUCAAACGACGUCUCUAAGUGCAGCAGAACUUACGAUGUCAGCCUAUCAUCCAUCCCCGUUACUUGAUUGACAUACAGGACAACCAGUCAGAUGA